CAGUUCCGAUACACUCAUGAGGGCGACACUCUUCCACUGUGUAGGUUUCCUCCUACUAAUAUUACGAUCGUCACUACCGUUUAUAGAGCAAAUAAUGUCCCAGACAGCAACUACGGAAUAACACGUACUGGUAAUAAUAACGACAGCCAGAGAAAUAUUCAUCAUUAAUACAGAAGACAUUCUCAGACAAUAACCUACAACAAAAUACAGCAGCAAUAAUCAACAGCGGGAAGCCUCGCAUUUGGAGAAGUCCUCCGGCAGACAUUACCCGGUAGUCUACCAAGAGCUCAAGUGGAGCAUAAACUUGAGAUGAAGUUCUAUAGUGUCCUAUUAUUGUUGCUAGCAUUGGUCGUUGCGGCCAAUGCUUGGCCAUUUGGAGGCAAUCCCUUUGGCAAGGGUUUUCCAUUUGGAGGUAAUGAUAAUGAUGAUGAUGACAAGGGCGGAUUCUUGGGCAACAUCCUUUCAGGCAUUAAAGAUACUGUACAUAAGUAUGAAAAAUCCAUUAAGAAAUUGGGGGAAAUGUAUGAAAAAUCCAUUGAAAAAUUGGAUGAUAAAUUUGAAAGAUAUUUUGAUACAGUGGGGGAUAAGGAAGAAAAGUGGAUAAAACAGUACAAGAAAUUCAUGAAGAAAUUGGGGAAAAAGUAUCAUAAAUUUAUGGGUAAUCUGGGAGAAAAGUACCAAAAAUUCACAGCCAAAUUUAAGAACAAAUACGAAUAUCAAAAACUCAACAAAUUUUUCAGGAAGUCAAUGGCCAAGUUGAAAAGAAAAUAUGGGAAAUCCACAACUAAAUUGGAAAGAAAACAACAAAAAACACUUGAAAAAUUCAACAAAAAACAAGCAAAAACCAAAUCCAAAUUGGACAGAAAGUACAGAAAAUCAAUGCACAAAUUGAGGAAAUUGCAUAGAAAAUUAAAAGGCAAAUGGGAAAAGAAAUACAGGAAAACAAUGGUCAAAUUGAGCAAAGAGUAUGAAAAAGACAAUCGGGCAAAAUGGGAAAGAAAGUAUAGAAAAGCGAUUCACAAAUUAAAGAAAGAGCAAAAUAAACUCACAGCUAAGUGGAGGAAAAAGUACCAAAAAACAGUGGCUAAGUUGAGGAGAGAGGAUACCAAAUUGAAUAACAAGUUGAGGAAAUCCAUACACAAAUUGAAUAAAAAGAACAGAAAACACAAGGCCAAAUGGGGAAGAAAGUACAGAAAGGAAAUGAAAAAGUUGAGAAGGAAGUAUCGAAAAUGGAAGAAAAAGUCUAGAAAAUCUUUAGAGAAACUGAGAAGAAAGUUUGAAAAAUUCAUGGAGAAAUUAGAAGAAAAGUAUGAAGAAACCAUGGAAAAAUGGGGAGAUAAGUAUAAAAAAUUUGUGGCAAAAUCGGCGGAAAAGUAUGGAAAAUCCAUUACAAAAAGGUACAGAAAUUCCAUGGAAAAAUGGGGGAGAAAGUAUAGAAAAUCUAUGGCCAGGCUUGGAAAACAUUUGGAAAAGAGCCUCAGAAAAGUAGGAUCAGGCAUCGGCAAAUGGGGUGACAAGUUUGGAAAAAGUAUGACCAACUUUGGUAAGGACUUGUCCAAGUCUAUCGAGAAAUCUGCCAAAGCAGCAGCAAAGGAUGGCAAAAAUUUCAAUAAGUUGAUAAACAACCCCAAUAACAGGAAGACAGUCAAGGAGACGACUAAAAUUGUCAAUGGACAAGAAAUAAAGACCAAAAAGACAAAGAUCGUUGCUCCAAAUGGACACACAAUCGAAGAGAUUGUCUCGAUUAACUCUAGGCCAAUACAAUCAAAACCAGAAACUGAUUCACCUCAUACUGAGAGGCCAGAACCAACAACAGAACAGACGGAACCAAAUACAGUGGAACCGGAGCAAAAGAUGGUGAAAUCAGAACAUGAGCAUCGCGACCAAAAGCUCAGGUUUCUCCCUCACCAAGGAAGAGCAGUGCAUGUCUCUACACGCUUGAAGAAAAAAUAAUUCAUUCCGCGCCAAAAACACUGAUGGUUCCGAAAAGAGCCUGAAGACACAAUUUAUCCUGCGCCAAAAACUAUCCUAAUUUUACUGACAAUAUAUAGCAAGUGACACACAUAUUGUAUAGAUGGAGAGUUUGUUUGUUGUAUGGAUGUUUGUUUCUAGUCUACAACUUGUAUAGAUGGAAAGGCUUCAUCACGUGGAAUGAAUAAAAUGUCUAUAUGCAGACAGCCUUGAAUUA